AUGAUGGCGUCCACCGACUCCUUUGUCCUCCACGACGACGUCUCUCCUUCCUCCGACAACGAUGAGCUCGACUCGCUUCCCUCAAUAUCUAGCAGUGUGCUAGACUCCGAAGAUGAAUCAGACGCCCAGGAGGAAUGGGAGCGCAGUCUCGAGCAGAUCCAGUUACUGCUGACCAUGGUCAUUGUGCCGUUCGCCGGCAAAUACUUUGGCCGAAAGUUCGCAUACUGGAGCUGGUCACGGUACAUGGAAUGGAUGCACAACGUUGAGGUGCGGUGGACAAACAAGGGCGCCUUCAAGGCUGCCGGAGCGGCAGAGGCUGCGGCAACAUUAUAA